AUGGUAACAAGAAACAACUCUCAGAGACCUCAUUUCUAUGCUUCUGAUGAAGGAGAUAAUAGAGGGAAAUACAAGAAGAACACAUGGUCUGGAAGAGGAAACAUAAACUAUGGUGAUUAUAAUCAUGGCAACAACAAUUGGUUUGGAAACAAUAGAACCUUCAAUGAAAAAUGUCAAAUAUGCAGCAAGAACGGACAUACAGCUGUGAACUGCUUUUACAGGAAUGAUAUCCCACAUGAUCAUCCAAGCUUGACUGUUGUGGUUUGCCAAAUCUGUGGUCUGAAAGGACAUGUUGCCUUUAACUGCUAUCACAGGUCAAACUAUGCCUUUCAAAGAGCCAAAUCACCUUCUACUCUUACUGCAAUGAUUGCAUGUAAUACCAAUGGUGCUCGUUCUUCUGGUGCUUCUGCUUCUGCAAGUGGUUUUUCAUCUUUUGUACCAUCUGUUGGUACUGAUUCUUCCUGUUCUUCUUCUGCUACUUUACACACCAUGAUGCCUUUUCUUCCAAUCAGUUCUGCUUUGAGUAACUCUCUUGACACCCACAUUGGAGUCUCGCCUGCUGUGGCUGAUGGGAGAGAACAGAAUGUGACAAAUAAUGAUCACACUGAUGCACUAUUGAAGUUGCUUUGUGAACCUCAAUACCUUAGUAAUUGUGCCUGGCAUGGAAACUUUGAAUUUGCCAUUGCUAAUGUUCCUGCAAAUUAUCUGUCUUCAUACAACACCAGUGUAAGUUGCAAGAGUGGAAAAAUAGACAAUGUUUACGCACCAGGAAGGAACCAUCUCUUUGUUCCAGGGCCAGUCAAUAUCCCGGAACCCGUCCUACGGGCAAUGAACAGAAAGAAUGAGGACUAUGGUUCUCCAGCUGUUCUAGCGAUGACAAAAGUCCUGCUCGAGGAUGUCAAGAAGAUUUUCAAGACUACUACCGUAACUCCAUUUAUGAUCUCUACCACAGGUAUUGGUGCAUGGGAGAGUGCACUUACAAAUACAUUGUCCCCUGGAGAUCGGAUUGUAUCUUUCCUGAUUGGCCAAUUCAGUUUGCUGUGGAUUGAUCAACGGCAGCGCGUUAAUUUCAAUGUCGAUGUUGUGGAAAGUGAAUUGGGCCAAGGUGCCAACCUUGACAUUCUGGCAUCAAAAAGUGUCGAUGACACUGCACACACUAUAAAGGCAGUAUGCAUUGUUCACAAUGAAAUGACAACUGGAGUUACCAAUAACUUGGCUACAGUGAGAAAAAUACUUGACCACUACAAGCAUCCGGCUUUCUUUCUUGUUGAUGGAAUGUCUUCCAUAUGUGCUCUGGAUUUCCGUACAGAUGAAUGGGGAGUAGAUGUAGCCUUAACUGGCUCCCAUAAAGCUCUUUCCCUUCCCACUGGCAUAGGGAUUGUGUGUGCAAGCCCCAAAGCUCUUUCCCGCCCAUUUGGUACUUCUUCAACUCCUAAUCCUAGAUAUGUGUUGGAUAAUGGUAUUGGUAAUGAUAUUCUUGCUGGAACUUUUUAUGCUCAAGAUCAAGCAUAUAAUCAACAUUCCAUGCUUACCAGAGCCCAAAAUAAAAUUGUCAAGAAGCUGACAUUUCAAGAUUUUUGUGCUUAUGAUGGGUCUGCGUACUUCAAUGGCUUUACUUGUCAAGAAAAAUAUGCACAGGAUUUAAUUCAUAGAACUGGUAUGGAUGCAUCAAGAGCUGGUACGCAAAGCUUUUUCAUGUUGUUAGAGAGUGAGUGUAAUGGUAUGAUCUGUUCCUUCAUUAUGUUCCUUCUUCUGAGCAUACUCCAGCUUUUGAGUAUACUGCAGAUGGUCUUACGGCGGGGUUACACUAGCUCAGUUGUCAGUACACAUUGCUCCAAUCUCAGUUUGGUUAAACCCAACUGAGAUUGAGGGGAGGUGUUAACCUUCAUACAAGUCAACGUGCAAAAGGUCUUGACCAGUAUUAUGGACUAUAGCUGUUCUCCAUGUAGUGGUGACCUAUCAUGGGGUCAUGUUGUAGGUGUCAUGCUGACAUGAUUUUAUCCUAGAUAUUUUCUAUUUUUAGUUGUAAUAAUGGUUAGGGUGUUUCCCGGACUAUAUA